AUGGUCAGUCUGCUAGAAAACCCAAAUCAAAGUUUGAAUCAUAAUGACCGACAACCAACAGACGAUACUGAGGAUAUGCUGUAUGUCAACAAUAUUGAUAUCUACUACUGUCAUCGUGGAGUGUUAAUGAGCAGUUCUAAAAUCAAUGGUAGUGACAGAUGCUUAUGUUCACCAAGCUAUUAUGGUGAUCGUUGUCAAUAUCAACGAGAACAUUUAACAGUUCAUUUGAAGAUACAGACACCAGUCUGGAUGCAUAAAUCUCAUAUAUUUAGAGUUAUCGUUUAUUUACAAACAGAAACGAAUCCGUUGUAUGAUGCAUUUGAUCUUCUACAUGUUCCGUAUAGUCAAAACUCAACUUACAAACAUAUUUUCUAUCUACUGACACCCAGAUUGAAUGAAUCUCAAACAUCACUUGUUUCUAUCAAUGUAUUUUCUGUAUCAGAAGAUGAUGUCAAAUAUCAUUCAUCAUGGUUCUACACGGUACCGUUUACUUCAAUAUUUCCAGUAAAUCGUGUAACAGCUUGGCUGAAUGUUGACAAACAAAGUGAAGUUGCCUCGAAUUGCAAUCAGAGCUGUGUCAAUGGUGUUUGUACGCUAUCCCUAAUUCCCGCCAAUAAAAGUUUUUGUUUAUGUGAUAAGGGUUGGUCAGGUAAUCGGUGUGAUAUGAUUUCAACCAAAGCUUGUGCUGUCGGAGCACAUUUAUUCCAUUCUGUUUGUGUCUGUCCCUUGGGUCGUUUCGGCUUUGAUUGCUACGGUAAAGUUGAUCUAUGUCGGAACGUCCGCUGUCAGAAUAAUGGUACAUGUCGUUCUCUCGAUAUCAAAUCACAACGAUACGUUUGCAUAUGUAGCGAGUCAUACUACGGCGACCAUUGUCAAUAUCCAUCGGCUAAAGUGAAAAUAACCAUAAAUAAAUUAAUAAUCGAUCCAUCAAUUGUUCACGUACCAAUUGUUACUGUACAUUUUGUAAAUAUAACAAGUAUGGUCAGUCUAGCUACAUUUCAGGAUCGUUUCGUCUAUAAAAAUGUUCCAUUUAAUAGCAAUUUGACAGUAAUUUUGUCUCAACAACCAUUUUUGUCAACAUUCGUCUAUGUUCAACUAUUCUUUAAUACAAAAGAUUAUUAUGGAGAACAUUAUUUGGUUAGUUUUUCGAAAUAUUCGGUCUAUAGUGUCUAUACAAAAAUUUUAAUUUCAAAUCAUUGUCCAUUUAUUGAUCAGUUGUUGAGUAGUGAAACAAUGUCUUAUCCAUAUAUGAAACGUAUCAAAUCCUAUUAUAAGCCAUGUUUAAAUCUCGGUACAAAAUGUUUUGGUGAUGAGAAGUACAUGUGCCUGUGUGAUAAUGAAGCCCAUCUCGAUUGUUUCUUAUUUGAUCAUACGGCUAGUAAUUGUACAGAACGUGGUUACUGUCAAAAUGGUGGACAUUGUAUUCAACCAGUACAAAAAGAUGCCAUCCAAUUCGAAUUUGGUUGUAUCUGCUCUGAUUGUUAUUACGGUGAAUUAUGUCAAUUUACAACUGCACAAUAUUCAAUGUCACUCGAUUCUCUUCUUGGCCAGCAAAUCUAUGCCGAUCAUUCGUUGACUAAUCAACCAUUUGUUAUCAAAAUUACAUUGUCAAUUAUCAUUCUAAUGGUUCUAGUCGGUUCUCUAUGCAAUACAUGUUCUAUAAUUACAUUUUAUCAACAAAACCUUCACGAAGUUGGUUCCGGUCUUUAUCUGUUGAGUUUAUCUGUUGUUAGUGAACUUGGUUUAGUUGUUUUCGGUGCAAGAUUUUUCUACUUGUUAAUAACCCAGAUUACGCAAGUUAAUAAUCGUUAUAUUGCUUACGGUAGUUGUGUUGCAUUAGAAUUUCUGUCCAGUGUUUUGCCGUCGAUAGUCGAUUGGUUAACCGCAUGCGUUGCUAUUGAACGAUCUUUUACAGCAGUUAAAGGUGUUGAAUUCAAUAAGAAAUUGAGUAAAAAGUUGGCCAAGUAUAUAACAGCUGGUGUCAUUCUUAUUGUAAGUGUGAGUUCCCUGCAUGAGCCACUCAGUGUUCAAUUAAUUGAUGAUCCACGUACAAAUGGUCAUGCAUGUGUAUUGAAAGAACAAGUAUUUGCAUACAAACCGUUUGUUAUUAGUCCAAUUAUAAUUGUCAUUUUAGAACUGCCACGUUUAGUUUUGUCGUUUGCAUUUGCAUGUAUUCGCUUCCAAUGGCAAAAAUAUUUGUAUUUAACAUCGUAUUUAGUUAGUACACUAACGUUGUUGAGUUCACUGUUGAUUUUUGUAUUGCCAUCACCAUCGUAUCGUAAAGAAUUGAAGGGAUUUGGUAAGCGUUCAUUGAAGAGAUUGAAUGGUUUAUGUGGAAGAAGAUAG